AUGCAGGAGCCGGCGGCACGGGCGUCUGACGAGCCCGUCGAGGCUGCGAAGGAGGAGCCCGAAGAGGCUGAGGACGAGCCGACAGAGGAGCCGGCCGAAGCUGUUGCUGCGGAGGAGCGCAUGGGCGCUGUGAGGGAGACGGUGGAGGAGCGCCUGCGAAGACGCUUUCAAAUGGAGAUGGAGCAACGGAGCGAGCAGUUUGAGAGGCAGCUGCAGGAGCACUUUGAGCUGCUGAACACAUUGCGCGCCCAGGAGGAGGCGGACAUGGAGCAUCGGCGAGAGCUCUUCGAGGAGGAGAUGGCGGAAAGAGAGCGCGAGUGGCUGGAAUGCCGACGCCGCUGGGAGGAGGAGGAACGAGAGUGGCAACGCCGCUGGGAGGAGGAGGAACGCGAGUGGCAGCGCCGAAACCGGCGGGCAGAGGAGGAGCGCCGUGACCGGCGGGAGGCAUGGGGAUCCGGCGACGACCGGCCCCGGCGCGACGCGCGCGAUGAGGAUCGCGAUGGUCCAAGGCGCGACAGACGCGAGGAGUGGCGGACUGAUUUCCGGCGCGACUACCGCGAGGAUCGCCGGCGCGAGGAUCGCGGCUACAGCAGUGCAACCAAAGCUUUUCUUUGUAUUUUUGCAUCCUCGGACUGGCGCCGUGAAGGCGGUCGUACGGGAGGCGCCCGUGGCGGCGGAGCUUCGUGGACGGACUCCAAUCGAGGAGGAGCCCUGCAGGAUCAGGUGAGCAUGCUGAUCCAUGUUCACGAAGAGAGCGGCUGGGGACCCUCGCUGUGGAACGCGGCGCACAGGAUGCAGCGGUCUUUGGAGGAGCGCGAAGACGCUGUGUGGCUGGAGCCAUGGGGUGACGAGCUUGAAGAGCUGCUGGAUGCACUCAAUCGCCAGGGGGAUGAGACAGCCUUCCUACGGCUGAAGGAGAGGUUUAUGUGCGCAGACAGCUUGCGACAGAAGGUGCAGGUUCUUGCACAGCAGUCUUGGCGCCGGAGCGGACGUCGUUAG